AUGCUGGAAGAAAAGCCUUUGAAGGUGUCUAGCGCGGACUUUAAAGCGUGGUUGCCACCUUCCCAUGGCUAUAUCGAGACUGAAAAUGCCAUGGCCCUACCUCUCUCUUUCCCUAAGUUGUUGGCUAUGAGCUCUCGUUUUCUCUCUAGAAGUGUUAGACAUGGCCGGGUGCUCUUUCUUGGCUUUGGACGGUUUACUCUGUUCUGCUUGGCUUCUGGGGAAGAGUUUUCCAUUCUUGGCUUCCAGUGGGUAUAUUGGUCCUGCUCUUAUAAUGUGGCUGAUUUGUUUGUCGAUUUUGACUGCAGAGUAAGAAUUGCUUGGAUGGGUAAGACAAUUCAAGUAUAUGGAUUCCCUUCUAAUGUGACUGUAGAUGAAGUUAAGGACUUUUUGGAAUCAUAUACAGGUGAAGGAACAGUCUAUGCUAUGAAGAUCAGGGAAAAGGGGGGUCCAAGAAAAUAUGCUAUUGUUCAAUUUACGACUGUCAGAGCUGCUGAAUAUAUUAUCUCUCUGACUAAUGAAAGCCUUUGGCAUGAUACUUCAUAUCUCAAGGCUCGGGUCAUGGACACUGAUAUUGUACCAAAGCCGAGGACAUGUUUGCACAGCAUGGAACAUAUAACACUGCAUUUUGGAUGUCAGAUAUCAAAAGAAGAGUUUUAUGUUCUGUGGAAAGGGACAGAUAUGGUGCUGCAUCGUCCGCGUGGUCAAUCUGUGAAAUAUCUUCUAAUUCAGUUAUAUGGUGCACCCCGGAUUUUUGAGAAAGAGAUAUGCCUGUCAUCGAAUGUGUUUAAGGAUCCACUUUUCAACUAUUUUAAGGAUGUCCCUGAUGACCAAUGGGUCAGGACAACAGAUUUCACUCCAUCAUGCCUCAUUGGGCAUUCAUCUGCACUAUGUUUGGAGCUUCCUUCCAGUCUUCAACUUCCAAAAUUUGAGGAGAACUUUGCUUAUUAUAAUGAAACUGAAGGCAAAUUUGUGUUACAGAAUGGUUCUGCUUUUUCUCGCAAUCUGGAUCUAGUUCCCAUUGUUGGUCCUUUCUCAGAUGAUUUGCCAUACGAGAUCCUUUUUCAGGUUAAUUUGUUGGUUCAGAAUGGGUGCCUUCCAGGGCCAGCUCUUGAUACUAAUUUUUACAAGUUGGUUGAUCCGACUAGAAUAAACAUUGUCUACAUAGAGCAUGCUCUUGAGAAAAUUUAUUACUUGAAAGAAUGUUGUUACGAACCUUCUAGGUGGCUUAAUGAACAGUAUAUAAAGUAUUAUAAAUCCAAGAACGUCCCAAAAUCACCUUAUAUCUCCUUAGAUGCUGGUUUGGUGUAUGUGCGCAGGGUUCAAAUAACACCUUGUAAAGUGUAUUUUUGUGGUCCAGAGAUUAAUGUCUCAAACCGCGUGCUACGCCACUUUCCAGAAGAUAUUAAUAACUUUCUCCAUCUAUCUCUUGUUGAUGAGGAGUUGGGUAAAAUUCAUUCAACAGAUUUAUCUCCUCGUGCUUCUGAAAACAAGGAAAGGAGAACUGCUAUUUAUCAAAGAUUUCUCUCUAUUCUCCAAAAUGGAAUAGUUAUUGACAAGAAAAGGUUUGAGUUCCUUGCCUUUUCAUCUAGUCAGUUGCGGGAAAAUUCUUGCUGGAUGUUUGCAUCAAGAUAUGGACUCACUGUUGCAGAUAUAAGAGAAUGGAUGGGCAACUUUCGUCAGAUACGAAAUGUGGCUAAAUAUGCAGCCAAACUGGGUCAGUCCUUCAGUUCAUCCACUGAAACGCUGACUGUUAGCAGAAAUGAAAUGGAAAUUAUUCCUGAUGUGGAGAUUGAAAGGGGCAGAACUAAGUAUUUAUUCUCUGAUGGCAUCGGGAAAAUAUCUGCUGAAUUUGCUAAGAAGGUGGCCUUGAAAUGUGGCUGCAAAGGUUUCUUUCCAUCUGCAUUUCAGAUUCGGUAUGGUGGGUAUAAAGGUGUUGUGGCAGUUGAUUCAACUUCAUCAAAAAAAAUAUCAUUGAGAAAGAGCAUGUGCAAGUACGAGUCUGAAAAUACAAAACUGGAUGUUUUGGCAUAUAGCAAGUAUCAGCCUUGUUUCCUGAAUCGCCAACUUAUUACUCUUCUGUCUACACUUGGUAUUCCAGAUCAUAUUUUUGAGGAAAAACAAAGAGAAGCUGUUGAUCAACUUGAUGCCAUGUUAAUAGAUCCAUUAAGGGCACUGGAGGCACUGGAUUUGAUGUCUUCUGGAGAGAUUACCAACAUUCUCAAGGAAAUGCUUUAUGACAGGCCAAUCCAGAUCCAGGGGUCUUACAUUUAUCACCUUUAG